AACAGAAGAAGAAGAAGACGGAAGAGGAACUACGAAUCGACGUCUUAAGCGUGAUUGUGUGGAGAACUUUUAAGGUUGUAAAAUUUCGCUUUUUUUGCACCCCCAUCAAACACCAAGGAACCCCUCUACAGUUUCAUCCCAGUUCCAAAGGUCAAGAUGUUUAACAGACAGACGAGCCUGUGGAUGGGUGAUUUGGACCCAUACAUGGAUGAGAACUUCAUCAAGCAGGCCUUUAGCGCUAUGGGAGAAUCGCCAUUUGGAGUCAAGAUCAUCACUCACAGGAUAACAGGUGGUUCAGCAGGAUACUGCUUUGUGGAGCUGGCAGAUGAAGCAAGUGUCGACCGCUGUGUCCAAAGACUCAACGGAAAACUGGUUCCUGGAUCAAAUCCGCCCCGGAAGUUUAAGCUAAACUAUGCCACCUAUGGCAAGCGGCCAGAGGCAGGGCCAGAGUUCUCAGUGUUUGUGGGCGACUUGGCCUCUGAGGUGGACGACUUCCAACUGCACCAAGUUUUCAAGAAGUACCUUUCCUGCAAGGGAGCCAAAGUGGUCACUGACCAGUAUGGAUACUCAAGAGGUUACGGCUUCGUCAAGUUUGGCGAGGAGAGCGAGCAGAAGAAGGCGAUCGAGGAGUGCCAGGGUACGAUGCUGGGGGGAAAGCUGCUCAGACUCAGUAUUGCUGUGGCAAAGAGCCAGAAGAUGAGCAACUACCAUGGGGGCCAGGGCCAGAAUUACCAUAGCAACUACAACCAGUCCCAGUCCAGUUACUACAGCAACAAUAGUGGCGGGGGUCAGGGGGGUUACUACUCUCAGUGGGGUGGCUAUGACCAGUACAGUGUCUACAACAACACUGGCUACAACAGUGGCUACAACAGUGGCUACAACUAUAACUAUGGGCCCUAUGGAUACCCCCCACCAGGCCACAUGAUGCCACCACCUCCCAUGGGGAUGCCACCCAUGUCCACUGAUAUGUCAGGAGGUGUAGAGCAGAGCCAUGGAGAGACUGAGUUUAUAGAGGAGGAUAAUUCAGAAGAGCCCAUCCCUGGAUGUGACGUGGAGCAGUGGAACAAAGAUUUUAUGCAGCGCAGCGAGGAGCUUUACGACGCCAUGAUGAACUGUCACUGGGAACCCCUGGACUGUGUUAACUCCCCCAUCCCGUCCCUCUCUUGAUAAUUCUUCUGCUCAUGAUCCCUCCCUAAACCUUAAGUAUUUCAUUUUUUUUAGGAUUUUGUACUCCCCACAAUCUGCCAUGAUCUAACACAUUGUCUCAGUACUUAAUCUAAGCCUGAGAGUACAUACAGAUGUACUUGUUCCUCUUCAUAUACUCAAAGCACACAAAUAUUCACUUGAUUUAAUGUUUACCAUGUUGGUAAUAUUCAAAAAGUUGUUUAAUAAUCAGUGAAGUUACUCUGUAGUGCAUACUGUUUUGUAUGAACUCCUCCAUAAACCAGAGCUACAGGUGCUGAAGUUGCCUACUCUGUUGUUGACUGGCACACAGUAGCUGUAGCACUGGAAAGUGUCAUGUGUCAAUAUAUAAUGAUGUCACUGAGGAACAAAGUCCACUGUCAUUUACUUUUGUUGAUCCGUGUUGAAAUGGUGACACCAGCAAAAGCUAACUUUGCUCACUGAAUAAGGCCCUGACUUUUGAAGAAUAUAUUUUCUUCUGAAGACAAGUUAAAACUAUGCCUUAAUUGCCAUUGGCCAUGUACUUUCUCUCAGUUUAGGAUGGUCAUUAGAAUUAUUAUGUAUAUACAGGAUAUCAAUCUUUCUUGUCUUGUUCAUUUUUUUAAUGAAGUAAUUUUCCUCAGUUUUUUAAAUUUUUCUGAUAGAUUUGAUGAACAUUAUCUGGGUAGAAAUAUGGAAAGAUGAUGAUAUUGAGUUUACCCAACAGCAAUGAACUACAAAUGUUAUUUAUCACUGUUUUCCAGAAAAGAAGCUCAAUGUCUUUCUAUAUAAUAGACAAAUGGUACAACCUCCCAAUAUGUUUGAGUGCCGCAAAAUUGCAUGUAAUGAUUUUGUGAGGUUAAUAACAUUUAUUUUCUGCUGUUUGAUGGCUGACGAUUUGUAUAUAUUUUCCUUUCUGGAGAUGUUUUAUCAAUAAAACAAAUUUAGGAGGAAAA